CAAGUGGCGAAUUCUCAACUUACCCUUGUUGAGUUCUUUAACCAUUUUGAUGGUUCAAUGGACAUUCAAAGAUUCAACCAUCGGAAGAAUGACCAUAUAUCUAGAAAUACAGUCCCAGAUAACUUUUCUGAAUCUACUCUAGAGGAUGAUGCCAUGAAAAUUUACACCAGGUCAAUUUUUGCUGAUCAACAGGCAGAGUUACAAGGAACACUGUCCGAGUGCCUUCCUAUAGAGACUAAAAUUGAGGAACCUUUUUUGAAGAUAAGUAUGAAGGAUUGGAAAGCUCACGGCGACGGUUUAUUAGAGGUAUGUUUCAAGAAGGGGGAGGAUGUAAUUGCAUUAUGCACUUGUCGCAGGUUUGAACAAUAUGGAUUGUUGUGCAAGCAUAUAUAUUUCGUGUUCAAGAUGUUCAAAGUGAAGGAAAUUCCCAACAAGUAUGUAAUGAGAAGAUGGACUAAAGAUGUGGUACCGAAUGAUCUUAAUAAUACAUUUGAUAUUACUGUUGACGGUGAUGAUGCGCAUAAAAAGGCCAAAGAGGUUGCGUAUGAGAUUAUGCAGACUGGGGAGUAUCUUAUUGGUAACCUGAUCAAAGAUUUCGAUCAUCUACUUAUAGUCAGGGAUCGGAUGAGAGAGAUGAAAGAAAUGGUUGAUGAACUUCGCAUAACCAAGCCCAUCGACCCUAAGUUUGAUAGAUAUUCAAGGUUAAUUGGUUACGAGAAACCAAACACUGACGAUCCACCUACAGUGUUAAAGGGUGAAGGUACUGCUGCUGAUAAGGUUGCCAAUAAGGAGGGGAGGAAAAGAAGAGCAAUUCAGUUAGAGAAGGAUCCUAAUUUAGUUGAUGAAGAGGACGAGGAGGUUGAAACUGGUGACGAAGAGGAGUUUGAGGAGUCCGACGAAGCAGAAGAUAGUGAUUUUGAAUGCGAAGACGAGUAG